GUGAGCGGAGGGCCGGGAGUUGAGGGGCCGCCGGUGAGAAAUGUCACGUGGUUUUGGUGCGCCCGGGUUCUCGGUCCCUUGUCCUCCGCUCCGUCCCAGCGCCGCGGCAGGCCGGGCGUCCUCCCUCAGUCCGGGAGCGACGCUGCGCCGAGCGGUCGAGCACCCGAGAUGUGGAAGCUGAGCCGAAAUCGAGUGCUUCUGGACGAGCCCCCCGAGGAAGAGGACGUGCUGCGAGGGGCACCGCCGGCAUCAGCAGCCGCCCCGGCGCCGGGAGCAAGUCUCAGAGGUUGGAAAGAAGCAACUUCUCUGUUUAAUAAAGAUGACGAAGAACAUUUACUCGAAACAUCCAGAUCUCCCAAGUCCAAAGGAACUAACCUACGACUGAAAGAAGAACUGAAGGCAGAGAAGAAAUCAGGAUUUUGGGAUACCUUGGUUUUGAAACAGAAUGCUCAGCCUAAAAAACCAGAUCAGAUCGAAGGUUGGGAGCCUCCUAGACUUACUGCUGAAGACGUGGCCGCUGACCACUCCGAGGAUGGUGUAGGUGCCUGCCCGCCCUGGUCUGCCUGGGAGGACGAUACCAAGGGCUCCACCAAGUACACCAGCCUCGCCAACUCGGCCAGCAGCUCCCGCUGGAGCCUCCGGUCAGCGGGGAAGCUGGUCAGCAUCAGGCGACAGAGCAAAGGCCACCUGACAGAAACCUGUGAAGAAGUAGAGUGAACUGAAGGCGCCUCACGGGACAUCACAUUGCUUUUACGGCCGGCCAAGCCCUCCAGCCGCCCACUAGUGCACCAUUAAUUCUUGAGCCCUCUCAUAGCCCAGGGAAGGAACCCACUGAGCUGCUUGUCUCGUGCUCAGUGACGCGCACACCAUGGCUUCCUGGUAACAUCUCGUUGCCUUGCUGCAGAAACAUCCACCCACUGGGUGUGUGUGCUGAGCGGAUGUGUGCUUCGUAGACACUGUCCUGUGAGCCAGUCUCCUCUGAGGUUCAUGCCAGCCUCAGACACUUGGGUCUUUAGGACGUCCCCACCUUGUCCCUGCAUGCGACCUGAGUGCUGCAGCUAACUGAACGUGGCCUCUGUGGCACCCUUCUUUCUCCCUUUGUCAGAAUACAAGAAGCAUCUUCCAAAGGUUACAGUUAUUCAGUUUAACAAUAGGUUCAUUUUUCCUUAUUAAGUUAAAAACAAAGCAAAACCUAGAUGCUAGAAGCAAGGUGGUUUGAGGUAGGGUGUCCGGACAUCUCAAGGGGCGCAGCUGCUGAGGAGGAGCGGCCUGCAGUGUGGGCCUGGGCGGCACCGAGUUCUUUUAUGAAAUUUUAUUUUUACUUUUGAACGUUUAAAUACAGAAUUUUAUUUUCUUCAAAAAGAAAUGUUGAUUUUAAACUUAAAGAUGAGAGAAAUGCUAGGAAUAAAUUUUAGCUACCCAAUAAUCUUAAUUUUGCUCACAAAACAUUAACUUGCUCACUGUAGAGCUAAACUGUAGAUAAAACACUGAAGUGCCUCGUUUCUAUUCUUCUCAGAUAUUUAGUUUUUCAAAAUGUGAAACUUUUAUGAUUGCUGUAAGAAGUGUAUCUCCCCCCGCUCUGCCUGCCUGCCACUGCUGACUGUCCUCGGGUAUGGCCCGUGUUGGCAGGGUUGUGCCCUCUGUGGGGACAUUCAGGUGGUCCACGUUUGUCUUGUUUCCCAGUUACAGUGCCUGGACAGGGGAGCGGUGUUUCUCUUUGUUUUGGUGAAGAAUUAAAGGCCUCCAGCCUCACUGUCCUUGAGUCUCCGUAGUGUAAGCUCUGUGCUUUGUGUACCUGGGUGUCCCACGCAAUGUUCUGUGGCACAGCUGAGUGGCCCAGGUUUGCUAGAUCUACCUGUCAUCCACAGCUUCCUGUCUGUCCACCUUGCCAGCGACCCGUGCCCAUCCACCGGCCACACAGCAGUCUAUCCACCCAUAAACCGAGCUGUUAAUCUUUUAAAAAUGGAACAAUAAGUUCACUUAAUGAGCUUUGAGAGGAGGGUUCAAGUAAAAAAUUAAGACCUGGAAGCUGUGAAAUUAUGAAGAUUUUGAUUCAUAAUGCAAAGUCUGUAAUUUUUACGCUAACAUGUGAGUGUGAAAAUCUUUCAGUAUCCUCAGGUAAGCAGCUGAGUGCAUGAGCCCUGUCUCUUGUCUUCAGAACGUUGUAACUGCAGGGUAGGACAGAAGAGCAGGCUCAUGCUGGCGCCCACAGCACGAACCCACUGGUGUGUUUGGCUAACCGCCUGUGGCACAGGAACACAAACCCAGCCCUGAGAAUGUAGAGAGCAUGCCCUUGGACACACAGCCUCCGUGAUCUCUGGGCCGAGUGCUGAGUGCCUGCGGCUCACUGUGCCCAUGGUGACACAGGGACCUUUACCGUCUCCUCUCAGGAGGCGAAGAUGCACUGUAAACCAGAAAGAGUGAUUACAAAGGAUUAUUUUUCUUCUGUUGUAUCAAAUUAAAAUAUCUUGUGUUCGAGA